AUGGCGGCGACUGAGGUCCCUGGCCCUUCCGAGCAGUUCACCAAAAUCAAACAGUUGGAGUUGAUUCCAGAAAAGGCCCCAGAGCAGGAGGAGGAGGAAGACGGGGUGCGCCGAGUGAAGGAGCGCCCGAGCUCCGUUGAUGGGGAGGCCCAGUCUCUGUCAGGGGCCCUGUGGCCCUGGACCCCGGAGGGAGAGCUGGAACUGGAGUUGGUGCCGUCCUCGGCCGAGGAGAAGGAGAAGCACAUUCUCACCCUGCAGACCGUGCACCUCACCUCCGAAGACUUGCAGGUGGAGGGGAUGAGCUGGCUGCCCACACAGCCCCAAGACGGCAUGCAGGUGGUGGUACCGCAGGCGGACGUCGUGCUGCCUUCGCUGCUGUGGCUGCAGCCCUCGUUGGGCGAGGAGACCCCGCAGAGCAUGCACCAGUGCGUCACCAUCAGCAUCCAGGACCACGUGUACUCGCUGCAGGAGAUGGAGGUGAUGCAGGUCCAGCUACUGGAAGAAAGCGUGGCCACAACCAGUGAGGACAGCAGGCUGACUGUCAACCUGGCGAAGACCACUGGCUUGGUCAAGCUAGGGAAAGGUCAGGAGAGGACCCAGCUGUCGGAGGAAGGUGGAUUCCAAGAGCAAGCAGAAGCUCCUCUCUUUCUCCUAGAGGCCAGGCCUGAGGAGGAAGGGAGAGACGAGAUUGUGGUGACACUAUCCAAUUUAUACAUGGAAGAGCAAGAAGAUAGACCAACACCGAAUGAAGACAGUGCUGAAAACGCCAGCUCUGGGAAAAGGCAGAGAAAGACCAAGGGAAUGAAGCGGACCUUCCAGUGUGACAUCUGCAAGUUCACCUCUACUAGAGUUUCGAGUUAUAAUCGUCACGUGAAAAUUCACACCAAUGAGAAGCCCCAUGCGUGCCACCUCUGCCUGAAAGCCUUCCGCACUGUCACCCUGCUGCGGAACCACAUCAACACCCACACAGGAACCAGGCCGUAUAAGUGCGAAGACUGCGACAUGGCAUUUAUUACCAGUGGAGAACUCAUCCGACACAGACGCUACAAACACACUCAUGAGAAGCCCUUCAAAUGCCCCAUGUGCAAGUACGCUAGCGUGGAGGCCAGUAAACUGAAGCGUCACAUCCGCUCCCACACGGGGGAGCGCCCCUUCCAGUGUUCCCUCUGCAGCUACGCCAGCAAAGACACCUACAAGCUGAAGCGCCACAUGAGGACACACUCCGGGGAGAAGCCCUAUGAAUGCCUUGUGUGCCACGCACGGUUCACCCAGAGCGGUACCAUGAAAAUGCACAUCCUACAGAAACACAGCGAGAAUGUCCCCAAGUAUCAGUGUCCCCACUGCACCACCGUCAUUGCAAGGAAAAGCGACCUACGCGUCCACUUGCGUAACUUGCACACGUACAGUACCACAGAGAUGAGAUGCCGCUACUGUCCUGCCGUCUUCCACGAGCGCUACCCCCUCAUCCAGCACCAGAAAACUCACAAGAAUGACAAGAAGUUCAAGUGUCAGCACUGCAAUUAUUCCUGCAAGCAGGAGCAUCAGGUGAGAGUUCACAUGCAUAGCCACACUGGAGAGACUUUUGUCUGCCUUUCCUGCAAUAAACAUGAUUCCAGUUUCAUCCUGACUGUUUCCAAGUGCCCCAAAUGUAGCAAAGCCUUUUCCCACUGGGAUAACAUGAGCAGACACUUGGAGCAGUGCAACCCCCAGCUUGGAAAGGCCGUGGCCUCCGGGAAAGGGAGACGAACAAGAAAGAAGGAGCAGACGGGCCGCACAGAGGCAGAGAAGGAAGCCGAAGCAACCGCUGAGCAGUACCUGCCCGAGGAAGUGUCUGAAGUGAGAGGCCAGCCAUCCCCAGGAGGGAUCUUCCCUGUCGCCUGUGGAGGAGGCAAGGAGCCCGGAGUCCCAGAGGGAUCCGACCUGUGA